AUGAGUGUAGUUGGUGAAGAGGUGAGUACCGAAACCUCGGAGGAUUUUGGUUUCAAGAAACUUGGUCAAGCCACUAUUUUACCAUCUUACAAUGAAAAACUGCCCUAUACUUCACUACAAAACCUCGAUAUCUCCAAUGAAAAGUGCCGUUAUGUGGCUACUUCCGGUGGCAAAGUAGUCAUCGGGGAUCUACAAUCACUAAGGGAAUUCAUUCAGAAUGAUGAGAAUACCGAGAUAUCGUUUCUUUGGGAAAGAGAAUUGAAAGACGUGAUGAUGGUCAAGUUUUCAGUAAGUGAAGACGUUGUAAUAGUCUGCAAAGAUGGGUCCGUAUACACUGUCGAUCAGAAUAGCUUAAACGAUCCAAAAAACAUUUAUAAGUUCGAUAAGGCACUUUCACAAGCACAACUAUUCCAAUCGAGCUUGCUUGCAAUAACCAUUGACGAUCAACUCUUUAGUUACAACCUGGCCCAGUCUUCCCUUUCUUCAUCAAUAGCGGAUAAUCUGGCAUCAUUCGAUAUUAUGGAUAAUGAGCUGUACCUGCUAUUAGACGAUUACUCAGUGCAGGUUAAGAAUCUCCAAAACAACCAUGAGACAAUUAAGAAGCUUUCGGCUCCUCAAGAGCUAAUGGACGAGUUUCAUGACCAGUAUCAUCCAAAUAUCAUCAAAGUAUUGAACAAGAAUCAGCUGCUGCUUGUUUUUGGUGAGAAGGUCUCAGAAACAGACGAAGAUGUCAUGUACGAUCACAAAUUUUUCAUAGUGGAUCAUUCGGCUGAUCAGCCAACUUUCAGUGAAUCUUUCGACAUGACUCCCGCUUUUGGUUCUGUCUUGCGGUAUCCUACAUCCUACAAUAUACGCAUACAAGAGCCAGUCCCGGAAUACGAGGUUAUCAACGUACUGGCUUCGGCUUGCUCCAGUGAAGUUACGAUCUGGGAUUCUAAAGAGGUCAUUCAACCAUCACAGGACAGCGAAAGAGCAGUACUUCCGAUAAGUAAGACUACAGAUAACGACACUAACCCAAUCGGUGUGUCCCUCGACGUUAGCACGCAUGGUGUCAUAACAGAUCCUUGUCCUGGAGUUGAUAAGAUUGAUAGACUGCCGCUGAUUUACAUUCUAAACGACGAAGGUAAUCUACAAAUCGUGGGGCUAUACCACUCAUCAGCUAUCAAAAGCGGUAACUUCAGUGUUCCGAACGUGGAAGAGGCUUCCUCAAGAACUAUAGAACAAAAAACUAGUACUACCUCAAUUUCUGAUAAAGAUAGCGGGUCUGUGUCUUUAAGUGACCUGAGUCUUGGAAGCAAGAAAGAAACAACAGAUGUUGAUGAAGCAAAGUCCACCGACAACGAUAAUAGUUCUUCCGGCUUUGAAAUGCAAUCCUCGAAUAAGGCCGAGUCAAAGCCAUUGUUCGGCUCAUCGGUAAGCGAUGCACCAACUAGCGAAGUUCCAAAUAAGAAAGAUGAUUCUGCCGCCCAGCCGUUCAGCAUCUAUGGUAAUAAAGCGGCGUUUGGCGCACCAGCAUUUGGAACACCUGCAUUCGGCACACCUGCAUUUGGCGCUUCGGAUGCAAAGCCAGCUUUUGGUCAAACAUCUUUUGGAAGCUCUGAUACAAAGUCAGCAUUUGGCGCACCAGCAUUCGGCACCUUGGAUUCUAAAUCACCAUUUGGUGCACCAUCUUUUGGAAGCUCCGAUUCGAAACCAGCUUUUGGCACCCCGUCUUUCGGAGGCUCUGGAUUUGGAGCACUAUCAUUUGGUAGUUCUGAUUCUAAACCAACAUUUGGUAACCCAUCUUUCGGAGGCUCCGAUUCAAAACCUGGAUUUGGAGCACCAUCAUUUGGUAGUUCGGAUUCUAAACCAACAUUUGGUAACCCAUCUUUCGGAGGCUCCGAUUCAAAACCAACAUUUGGUAACCCAUCUUUCGGAGGCUCCGAUUCAAAACCUGCAUUUGGAGCACCAUCUUUCGGGAGCUCUGAUACAAAGUCAGCAUUUGGCGGACCAGCGUUUGGCUCCUCGGAUACUAAAGCAUCUUUCGGUGCACCAUCUUUUGAAAGCGCUGAUUCUAAACCCGCUUUUGGCACGCCAUCAUUCGGAGGCUCGGAUUCAAAACCUGCCUUCGGUGCACCAUCAUUUGGGAAUUUAAACUCGAAGCCUACAUUUGGUAAACCUGCAUUUGGUUCUAGUGCUUUAAGUACUAUCGACAAGAAAGUUCAAAAUGAACAAAGCCCCUUUGCCAAUUCCACAUUUAGUAAGUUCGCAGGCGAAAACCCAUUUACUUCUAAAAAGAAUGAACGAUCGCCAUUUGCUAGCUUGAGCGGGGAUGAAGGCGAAAAGCAGACAUCAUCACCUUUUAAGUUGGAUACUACGCAAUCACCAUUUGCUAAACUUGAAGCUAGCAAAGCAGAUACAGAGCUUUUCAAUCUCAAAAGCAAGCUGGCAACCGCAUCUGAACAGGAGUUCAAAUCGAAUGAUGUUACAGCUGAUGAAAUCAGUGCAACAGAAAAUGAGGUUGAAUCUGAGUCUGAACCUGACUCACACAGUGGGAGUGAAGAAUCUGAUUUUCAAAAAAACGUUCAAGGUGAAAGCAGUGCAGAAACAGCUACUUUCGAGCCUAAAGGUAAGGAAAUAGAACAUGCGAUGCCAUCACGGAAGAGUACGGAGGCGGCGGAUGAUACGCAAGACAAUACAAAUUCAGACCUAUCUGAUUCGACUAUUGAGCAAACUCCUUCGGUGCAAGUACAACCUGCGAAAGCAGGUUAUUCAGACUCAUCUAUCUCAGCAAUCACUGCUCGCAUCAAAGCGGGAGCAAAGGUAUCUAGUGAUGAUCUAAAAUUAAACCAGUUUGAAGAGCCAAAAUUUACGGAUCAAACAAGAGGGAACUCUCCAUUUUCAGCGUUCGCUAAUAAUUUGGAUAAGGCUUCUCCUUCGGGAUUCUCUUUCGCUAAGAUUUCUGCUGGCAAUGAAGGAAGUGAGGAUAGCAAGCCAAAGGAGGCUUUAACGGAGAACAGAAAAGGAGAGUCACUAUCUGAAUCACUGACUGAAAGUGCUGCUGAGAUGGAGGAGGAAUCCGCAUCAGAUGCUUCAGGUGUUUCUGAAGAAAAAAGCUCUGCUGUUGACGCAACUCCAUAUGCGGAUGACAAGGACUCUCAACGUAAGGAAGAUCGCGAGGAAGAAGCAAAUGAAAGUGAACAGCAGAGAACCGGGAUGACUGAUGAGCCAGAGGAGUUUACUUCAAAAGAAAUACAAGAAGCUAUCGCUUCUGAUGUUGAUGGUUCUCAAGGUGGUGACGUUGCUCCUCGUGAGGACCUCAUAAAAACUCCUAACAGCGAGAGCUUGGAGAAGGCAGAUUCGGCUCGGGAAGAGUCUUACGACGCCCUUGAUGAUGUUACACAGGGAGAACUUGAAGCGGCCAUGGGCGGUGCUCAGUUAGUGGAAGACGACGAUGAGCAGAACACUGCCGACAAGGCGGUUCCCACCAGCGAUUACAAGCCUCAAGAAAAAGUUGUUGUCACGCAAGGCGUACAGGCCCCUGAAGUUUCUGACAAUGCCUGCCAGACUGUUUCACCUGCAUCUUGCGAUUUCGAAGUACAAACAUUUCAGAACGAGGAAUCAUAUGUGGCUACGCAACACAAACCGAAGCCCGUUCCAUCCUACUUCACAGGUGCAAAUAUCACUCAAUUGCAAUACAGCUCAAGUGAUCCAAUCAUGAAAUCUAUCGAGAAAACAUACCAGGUUGUAUCUGCAGAAAUGUCUGUGCUACGAGAAAACGCCAGCAAGAUGAACGAAUUCAUGGUGGAUCAGUCAACUCGCUACUUAGAGAACAGAAGCAAGAAGACGAUCUCUAAUAUAUAUACAUGGAGAAUUCCGGAAUCAGAACAGCUUCAGGCCAUCAUCACCGAGGAGACAAAGCCAUUUGUUGAUAAAUUGCAAAAGAUCGAGAAGCUACAGCAGGAUUUGGCCAAAUUGGAGUUGAACGAUACAAAACCAUUAAAAGAAGAACUGCGAAAGGCCAAAACCGAAUACUAUCAAUGCGAAACACUUGACUGUAACCCAGAGCUGGGGGAACUCAAGUAUCACCAAUUGAAGAUGCAACAUGAACUGCGUCAAAAAAUGUCAAAGCUGACAGAGAAGUUUGAGCACGUUGAAGAGUUGGUUCAGAUCCUUAAGCUGUGUACUGUAGAGAAUCAGCGGAUUCAAGACAACCCGUAUGUCAGUAAAUUGGUCAAAGACUCCGCAAGACGGCAAAACCUCCUGGAUGAGAUAGUAAGUCUACGCGAAGAGAUUCAUGCUUUGAACUCAACCAGCAGGGCAGUACAUGCACCAGAGAAAAGUUCUACUGGCUAUUCUGUAGGCAAGGAGGAAAUUCAAUCUGCGCCAGUGGUUGAACUAGGUUUGCAACUCAGUACCAAGCAACAACUUGGUGAAUAUCUAAAGAAGCAAAGAAAGAUCCCAGGUGCGUGA